CUGCUGCUCUCUGGUGCUAGGGAUCGCAGCGGGCAGGGGGAGGUGCGGGAGGUUUCGAAGGGACAGGCCCGGGCAGUGAUCGGGGGGUUGGCAUCAGUUCACUCACCCUUCGAGAGACAGGGCUCGCUUGUCCACAGUCUUCGCUGACCGCGCUAGCAGCGUCUUCUGCGCUCCCUUACCCAAAGCUCCGCAGCCAUCCGUCCUGGCGUCUGACCUCACCAUGCCUAGCCUUUGGGAUCGUUUCUCGUCGUCCUCCUCCUCUUCGUCUUCGUCCGGAACUCCAGCCACUGACCGGCCACCUCGUUCCGCCUGGGGGUCUGCGGCCCGAGAAGAGGGCCUUGACCGCUGCGCGAGCCUGGAGAGCUCGGACUGUGAGUCCCUGGACAGCAGCAACAGUGGCUUCGGGCCGGAGGAAGAUUCCUCAUACCUGGACGGGGUGUCCCUGCCCGACUUUGAGCUGCUCAGCGACCCCGAGGAUGAGCAUCUGUGUGCCAACCUGAUGCAGCUGCUGCAGGAGAGCCUGUCCCAGGCGCGAUUGGGCUCGCGGCGCCCUGCGCGCCUGCUGAUGCCAAGCCAGCUGGUGAACCAGGUGGGCAAGGAACUCCUGCGCCUAGCUUACAGCGAGCCGUGCGGCCUGCGGGGGGCACUGCUGGACGUCUGUGUGGAACAAGGCAAGAGCUGCCACAGUGUGGCUCAGCUGGCCCUCGACCCCAGCCUGGUGCCUACCUUUCAAUUGACCCUGGUGCUGCGCCUUGACUCUCGCCUCUGGCCCAAGAUCCAGGGCCUGUUGAGUUCCGCCAACUCUUCCUUGGUCCCUGGCUACAGCCAGUCCCUGACGCUGAGCACCGGCUUCAGAGUCAUCAAGAAGAAACUCUACAGCUCCGAACAGCUGCUCAUCGAAGAGUGUUGAACUCCGCCCUGGGGGUGGGGGGCAUACUCCCCCCCCCCCCCCCCCGUGCGGAGACAGAAAACUUUCGUGAUGGAGACCAGCAGGCAAGGACUGAAGGACUAUAACGCCUGUGUUAGAAAACUGACCAUAGCCACCUGAGGGGCGCAGAGCCAGGUGGGAGAAGGAAGUGUCAAGGAAGGUCUCUAGGUAGUGUGCAGGUGGCUCCCUGUUGGGGCGCAUGCCCCUUAGUACUGUAGCAUGGAAACAAAGGCUUAGGGGCCACACAGGCUUCCGGCUGGAUGUGUAUGUAGCAUGUACCUUUUUUUUUUUAAUUAUUAUUAUUACUGACAGUUACAACAGCGGUAGUGUGACAGAGCCAGGAGGGCAGCCGGUCUGCACUGGCCUCUGCCCGGGUGUGUGCUGAGGGGGGGGGGGGGGGAGGUCUCGGAGAUAGUCUGUGUAUCGCGUGGUCUGAAAGGACCAAGAGUGUUUGUCGUUUGUUUCGUAGCUUUUGUUUUGGGGGGACGGGAGCUUCACUACUGACCUGUUUGAGGCAGCUAUCUUACAGACGCAUGAAUGUAAGAGUACGAAGGGUGGGUGUGAGGAUCGGUUGGGAUCUUUGACACUUGAAAAAAAAAAAUUAAAACACCUGGGAGCUUCUGUCCAGCUUAUCCCCUGCCGUGGACUGGAGGAUUGAACUGUGAGGGGGAUGGAGCUGAGGGGGGUGGGGGGGGGCUGGAACCCCCUCCCCCAGAGGAGUGCCUCCUGGGUCUUCCAUCUAGAACUGUUUACAUGAAGAUACUCACAGUUCAUGAAUACACUUGAUGUUCAAGUAUUAAGACCUAUGCAAUAUUUUUACUUUUCUAAUAAACAUGUUUGUUAAAACA